UGUGUUGCCGCCGCUGGUUGUUAGGAGAAGGAAUGUGGAAGUCAGCAGAGCGGAGGGCGGCGGGCUGCUCGCGCGAGCUGCAGAGGCGCCCUUCGUCCCCGGCAGCAGCGGCGCCGCCUCCUCCUCCUGCUCUCGCUUCUUCGAGGCAGGGGGAUCAUCCGCGUCGCUUUGUUUUAAAGGCUUCUUCCUCUGCCUAAGGCGAGACGAGCUGGAGGAACCAUGCUACCAGGAGCCAUGCAGCAGCAGCAGCAGCGCUGCGUCUUCCUACUCCUGUGAAUUCCGACCUGGAUUUUCCGCCGUCCGAGCUGCUCGCCGUCCUUCUCGCCGCUGCUUGGAACCUGCCGCUCGCUCGCUCGCUCGCUCCUUCGUCCCCCCUCCCUCUCCCCCCUCCUCCCCCCCCCCGCCUGCGUGACCUCCCGCUCUGCCUUUUCGCCAAGGCUUGUUUAAAUGACUUGAGUGAAAGAGGGGAAACUGUCAAGAUGGCAGCAGCAGGAGCGAGGAGGUGAUGAGCGUGGUGGUGUGGAUGCUGGAACGAAAACCUUGGCAGCCCCGCGGACGAGGACUCCGGGCUUCUGGACCUGUUGGAAGACCGGCGAUUUGACUUGUCUUGGAUCCUGAGUCUCUGCUCUCUUUCCCUCUCUUAUUUCCCCCACGUUGAGGAUUCGGAUUUUUUUUAAACCACAGCAGAGCGUGAGUUUCCUGGUGUUGUUGUUUCCCCCUCUGCGUCCCCCCUUUUUUGGGGGUAUUGCUUUUUUGGGGAGAAGAGGAAUGCCCUCCUCGACUGUAGCAGGCGCGAUCGGGUGCGUUUUAAGACUUCAGUUUCCAAGCUAAGCUGUUUCGAAGUCAGCUGCGGAGAAGGACUCCUGGAGCCGAACAGAAAGCGCCAGCCAAAGCAACAAGCAAGAAAAGACUCGUGGCUCUCUUUAUUUUUAGGCGUGUGGAGGGGGAGAGAGCCCGCGGGAAGUGGUCUCUUUAAUGCAUACCGCGAGAUGCUAUUGGAGCAAUCCUGCACGGGGUGAAAGAUAAACAAACACACGGGCGCGCCGCAGCGGAGAUUUGGUUUCCCACUCUGCAAGGGUUGGGUUUUUUUGGGGUGGUGGUGUUUCUUGCAAAAUCGGCGCUCCUCAGGAUCCCGAGGAACAGGACGCACCUGGAGCCGGCUUCACCACCUGAUCGUUUCUUUUUUCGAUUGAUUUUAUUGGUUGUUGUUGCUGGCGGUAGGGAAGGAGAGGUGGCGGGGUGAAAAGGAGGCGGCCGGACCUUUAAUGGAGCGUGGCAUGUUUGUACAACCUCGCUGAUCGCUGCUACUAGGAGGUGCGAGAGGAGGAGGCGGUGGCGGAGGAGGAGGGACAGCCGAGGUGUGGAUCGGGCUCGUCUUCCCUGACAUCCCCACUUGGCAGCGGAUCGGAAGGCAGGCAGAGCAGCUUCCAGAGCGGGGGAGAGGCCAAGAUGGCAGAGGCGUCUCCCCCCGCCCCCUUGUCCCCCGUGGACGUGGACCUGGACCCCGAGUUCGAGCCCCAGAGCCGCCCGCGCUCCUGUACGUGGCCCCUGCAGAGGCCUGAGCUGCAGGCGAGCCCGGCCAAGCCCGCGGGGGAAGCGGGCGCCGACGCCGCCUCCAUGAUCCCCGAGGAGGACGACGACGUUGACGACGAGGAGCAAGGGGGCAGCUCGGCCAUGGCCGUCGGAGACUCCGUCCCUAGCGGCGGCGGCGAGGCGCUGGCCCCGGAGGACACGGCCCGCCUGCUGGCGCCUUUCUCGGGGCUGUCCGGCGACGGGUCCGGCCAGGGCGCCAGGGCGCCGAGCGGAGGGCAGCAGUCGCAGCAGCCGGGGGCGAGCGGGGCGGCGGCGCCGAGGAAAUGUUCGUCCCGCCGAAACGCGUGGGGGAACUUGUCCUACGCGGACCUGAUCACUCGCGCCAUCGAGAGCUCCCCAGAGAAGCGCCUCACCCUCUCGCAGAUCUACGAGUGGAUGGUGCGCUGCGUGCCCUACUUCAAGGAUAAGGGCGACAGCAACAGCUCGGCCGGCUGGAAGAACUCGAUCAGGCACAACUUGUCUCUUCAUAGUCGAUUCAUCAGGGUACAGAAUGAAGGAACUGGGAAAAGUUCGUGGUGGAUGAUCAACCCUGACGGUGGGAAAGGUGGGAAAGCGCCACGGAGACGUGCUGUUUCGAUGGAUAACAGUAACAAGUACACCAAGAGCCGAGGACGAGCCGCUAAGAAGAAGGCAGCACUACAAGCUGCACAGGAAACAAGCGAAGACAGCCCCUCCCAGCUCUCCAAGUGGCCAGGUAGCCCAACCUCACGCAGCAGCGAUGAGCUAGACGCCUGGACAGAUUUCCGGUCUCGUACAAAUUCAAAUGCCAGUACAAUAAGUGGCCGCUUGUCACCAAUAUUGGCCAGCACUGAGCUAGAUGAGGUUCAGGAUGAUGAUGCUCCACUUUCCCCUAUGCUAUAUAGUAGUCCACCCAGCAUGUCUCCCUCGGUAAAUAAACCUGGCAAUGUUGAGCUGCCAAGGUUGACUGAUAUGGCGGGCACCAUGAACUUGAACGAUGGUCUGACAGACAAUCUUAUGGAUGAUCUUUUGGACAAUAUAACCCUCCCCUCUUCCCAGCAGUCACCCACAGGGGGACUCAUGCAAAGAAGCUCAAGUUUUCCAUACGGCUCCAAAGGUUCAGGUCUUGGUUCUCCAUCGAGUAGUUUCAACAACGCUGUGUUUGGACCAUCAUCUCUGAAUUCCCUCCGCCAGUCUCCCAUGCAAACCAUCCAAGAGAACAAGCAAGCUACAUUUUCUUCCAUUUCACAUUACAAUAACCAAACCCUGCAGGAUCUGCUGGCUUCGGAUUCGCAUAGCCACAGCGAUGUCAUGAUGACUCAGUCCGAUCCACUCAUGUCACAAGCUAGCACAGCUGUGUCUGCUCAUAACGUACGCAGGAAUAUUAUGCUCCGGAAUGAUCCCAUGAUGUCGUUUGCUGCCCAACCAAGCCAGGGGAGUUUGGUCAACCAGAAUCUGCUCCACCACCAGCACCAGUCCCAGAAUUCCUCUCUCGGUGGCAGUCGUGCCUUGUCGAAUUCCGUCGGUACUAUGGGCUUAAGUGACACAAGCAACGUUGGGUCGACAAAACACCAGCAACAGUCACCUGCCAACCAGUCUAUGCAAUCGCUUUCUGACUCACUCUCAGGCUCUUCUUUGUACUCCAGCAGUGUGAGCCUUCCAGUCAUGGGGCAUGAUAAAUUCCCCAGUGAUUUGGACCUGGAUAUUUUCAACGGGAGCUUGGAAUGUGAUAUGGAGUCCAUUAUCCGCAGCGAACUCAUGGAUGCAGAUGGGUUGGAUUUUAACUUUGAUUCCCUCAUCUCAGCCCAGAAUGUUGUCACUCUGAAUGUGGGAAACUUCACUGGUGCUAAGCAAGCUUCGUCACAGAGUUGGGUUCCAGGCUGAAGGAUUUAUGCAAAGAGGGGGAAAUGGGCAAAGCAGGCUCUUCAUCUGACACGAGAGCUAGAGGGGGAAAAAAAACUUUGCCAAAUCAACUGUCAGCAAGGACAGGGAUACCGUUUACAGCUUAUAACCUUUGUGAACCCUGCAUUAUUUUCCUAACAAAACAGAGACUGUUAAAGAGCCCCAGAACCAGAGUGAUGAACCGCCAUGUCUGGAAUUGAACUCAUUCUGAAGUAUGCAAAAUCUUCCUUUAAUGGGAUGGCCCACCACCAACUUGAGGAUAUGUUGGUUCAGCCACCACUCUGUUUCAGAACACACUGUGUAGCCUUUACAAUAGUUUAUUUGUCAAUCAGUAUAUGGGGUUCCAAUAUGUUUAUGGGUUGCAGGAUACUUUCGGUUGGCUUUUAUUUUUCAGGGUUUCCCCUACCCCUCUUAAGGUGUGAGUAUUCUCCCCCCCCCCAACCCUGUGAAAUGCUUUAAAUUGUUCCUUUUCACAUGCCGAUUCCUCAUGAAUAUGAAAUGCAGACUAAUAUAUGCACACUGAAAAGCUGAAUGGAUUUUGGCUUGAAAAUACCAACAGCACUUGAAUAUUUCAGUCUUUAUAGCACCUACCAACUAUUUGAAUUCGAAAGGUGGUUUAUGAGGGGUUUUAAUGUUUGCUUGUUAUAUGGUUUGGGCUUUUAUUUUAUUUUUUAGUUGGUUGAUUCUGAUUCAGAACCCUCCCCCUGCCCACGCAAGUCUUUGCUUAAAUUUAAGGGUACUCUUUUCUUUCCUUUCAAUACCAAGAGGGUGCAUUUUACCUCACAAAAUUAGCCAGCACCAAUGCUGCAUCCUUACCAGUGUUCGAAAGCUAUGAGGCGGUGGGGGAAGGGUAAAGUCAUAGUGUUUUAUGAGUCAGUAACUGGCUUGCUAUUAGUCAGAUCGACUCGGGCCUAGUGUGUAAUCCUAGCAGUUCUGCCAAAACAGCUGCAGUGAUUGUGAUUGUGAUUUUGGCCUGCCCAGGCAAUUUAGCAACUGGCUGAUCUUGAAAAUGAGUAAGUGGUCCGCCCUGGUUGCCAUCUUGCCAGACAAUUAGUCCUUAACAGCCUAGAAGGCAGCAGCUUAAUUUCAGAUUAAAUUUAUUAAUAAUAGUAAUAACAACAACAACAACAACAACAACAACAACAACAACAACAACAAAGGCUUAAAAUAAAAAAGACUAUAUUGCAUGAAAACAAGAGUUUUAUGUAUAUGCAUCAUCCAGGACUUGGGUGAUUUAUUACUUUGGUAAAUAUUUUUACAUCCUCUCCUUGAUUAUUCUUUCCUUCUGAAGUGUCAUCGAGACUAGGAAGAGAAGCAGAGGGAAAGGCAGGAAGGAGAGACAGGGUGGGGGAAUACAUACAGAUAGCUUUUCAUAGGAGCGUAGACUGUAAUUGGAUAAAUUCCACGGAAAAACAAAGUAGUUUUUAUAUAUUUUGCUUAUAUGGGUUUCUUUUGUAAAUUUAUAUGGUAAUAAUGACUGAAAGGUAUGGUGCUGUGCAGGUCCUCUCUGUUUGAUUACUUUUUAUUGAUACCUUUUGGGGAAGAUAAGGGCAAAGAGGGAAACCCAAUGGUACGAUUCAAAAAAAUUUGGUGGGGCGGGGCAGGAAGUGGUGUGAAGACACUUUGGGUAGGACAACAUAUACAGGAUUUCUCCAAAGUGGUAUAUGAAGAACUUUUCUUGGCAUAAAAAAAGACAUAAUGCAUAUAAAUAUAUAAAUAUAUUUUAUUAUGUACAGAAAUGGAUCAUUAUGCAUGAAUGUUAGGAGAACAGGCUAGCAUUUUAACCCAAAGUUUCAGUGCAUGAGUUUCCACUGGCACAUGAACCAUGUACUUUGUGGUGUGACUCCCUUCAGCUGCCACACUUGUAGGCACCCACAAGCACCCACACACUUAUACACACGCACACAGACAUCUGUGGGCCCCAUAUUGCUCCUUCUUUUCCAGCCCUUUGAAGUAAUAUUGGUGAAAUUACAGCUCCUUAUAUGAUGGAAGUUUUGUUUCGUACUGUAGCCUCCUCCUCAUGACUGUGCUGCGCUAUUCUCUAGAUGAACAUGUGAACUCCAUCAUGCAGUUCAUAAAAUGAAUUAUGAAAACUCUGUGCUGUCGUGGUUCUAAGUAGCUCAUAGAAUAUAAACUUUCCACAUAGUUAAAAGAUUUUUAUCAUUUUCCAAAAAAUGCAAAAUAAAUAAAAAAAAUACAGGCUAUUUUUUUAAGAAUUAAGGUGGUAUAUUUAUCAAUGGCAGGGUCCAGUUUAUCAUAUUUCUUUAAUCAGAAAUAACCAAUGUGUGCGUUUUUUCUCCACAUUGGAAAGGGCUUCCCCGAGAGGAAAACACUGUAAAAUUGUCAUCUGUUCCAGGGGCUUAAGGAAGGUGUCAUUUUCUUUAGAGAGACUCAGUUGCAGGUACCUAUUACCAAAGCUAGUUAAGAAUUUGCUCACAAGCCUUCACUGCAUAGGAGUAUCUGGUACAUCAUUAAAUGUGAAUUCAGCUGACAAUGACAUUUGGGGGUGUUUUGUUGUUUUGUUUUGUGGUGUUUCCUCCCCCCCCCAAAGUAUAGCAAUGUGUUUGGUGACUAACAGUUUAUUUUAUUUGUAAGUUUCUGUCUUUCUUCUCAACAGGAAGUCUGUAUAAAAAAACAACCUGGUACACA